AUGUCGUCGUCCUUGGGCGUUCGUCACCUCACAGUGCUCGGCGAGUUCAAGCCCUUUGGCUUAAUCGCCGAAGCCGUCGACGGAAAGCCUGCCGAUAAUGUCACCGACAAGUACGAUUACUUCUUGUUCGACCCCGAAACCGUUCGAGAAAGAGACGAAACUGACGAAGCAUCGGCCUCCGCGUUGAGCGAUCGAUGUGAUCACGAGCUUUUCAUUCGAGGAAAUCGGAUUAUAUGGUCAACAGGUCCACGAGUCUUUAAGAGGUUCACAUUGCCGUCGCCAAUAAUCAUGGCUUGUUGGUGUCGUUUGGGUGAUAUGACCGAAGCUCUUUUAUGCGUUUUACAAAUUGCUUCUUUAACAAUCUACAACACAUCAGGUGAAGUAGUCUCUGUCCCUCUUCCUCGCACCAUCAAAUCGAUAUGGCCUCUUCCAUUUGGUUUGCUACUUCAACACGCAGCCGAAGUUAAUUCAACUGCACCUGCUCCUUCUUCGUCGUCAAAUCCUUUGUUUGGCCUACGAGAUCUAUCCCGUCCUAGGAGAGAAAGUGGACAUAGUCCACAGCAUAAUGUCAAUUCUGUAACUGCACUUGACCAUAUUGCCAAGGGAGAAGCAAUUUCAAUGUCCUCACAUCUAAUUCUGAAAGAUCCAUUGGAAGAACCUCAUUUGGCUUAUAUUGAAGAAAGAGGAAAAUUGAACAUAAUGAAGGAAUUUGAUGAAACAACUAUUUGGACGAGUGAUCGGAUUCCUCUUAUGGCAUCUUAUAAUACAGGAAGGAUGCAACACUCUGUGUGGGUUGCGGAAACUAGUAAUUCUAACCAUGAAAUGGCAAGUGCUAGUUUAUUGGAUGCAGUUCCUCCUGGUGUUCUAGCAAAACAGUUCUCACUCCGUAGAAUAUGGCAAGGCAAGGGUGCCCACAUGGCAGCUUGUAAGGUUUUUCUAGCAACGGAUGAUGAUGCAGCUCCUAUUAUUUGUUUUCUUCACCACGAACAAAAAAAGUUGCUGUGUGUAAGGCUUCAAAGUGUUGAGAUAAAUAAUGAGAUUCUCUUUGACAUUAAACCUGAUAUGAGCUGGAGCAUACCUGCAGUUGCAGCAGCACCUGUGAUUGUUACCCGCCCUAGAGUGAAAGUGGGACUGCUGCCAUAUUCAGACAUGGUUGUUUUGGCUCCUGAAAAUGUCCUUCUUCUCUAUUCAGGGAAGCACUGCCUAUGUAGAUAUAUGUUGCCUUGUCGUUUGAGUAAAGGACGAUUUUCACAUAAGUUAGAGUUUCCAGAAACAACAUCUGUUUCCCAGGGCCUGAAGAUUAUAGGAUUGGCUGAUGCUGUUGAGGGGCGUAUCAAUGUUACAGUAAAUAAUGGGCAGAUGUUUCGGUGUGUAUUACGUAGAAGCCCUGCAUCUUCCCUGGCAAAUGAUUGCAUCACAGCUAUGGCUGAGGGACUAAGUUCCAAUUUCUACAGCCAUUUUCUUAGUCUGCUUUGGAAAGAUGGUGACUUGGCUUAUCUAUCAGAAGCUGAUUCUAGUGUUCCCUCAGAAUGGGACUCUUUUUGUAGCAUUAUGAUGGAAAUUUGUGGAUCAAGUGCCACUUCUAAAAAGAUUUCAAGUCCAAUGCCUCAGUCGUCGUGGGAGUUUCUUAUUCACAGUAAAUUUCACAACAAUUACUGCAAACAUAACCUUAUUACUCAAAAUUCUUCUGUCAUGUCAUUGGAUGUGCAAAGACUGGACUCCUCUUGGUUAAAUUCAGAUGGUACACAAAGGCCAGAAAGAACAUUUUACUAUGAGCUGUUGAUGGAGAGUUUACAUUGUUUGCAUGCAGUAUAUGAGAACCUGAAACUGAAUAGUCUUCGCAAAAGGGACUUGGAGCUUCUAGGAUUCCUAUCAUGCUAUAUUGCUAAGUUUUUGGGGGAGGAAAGUUAUGUGGACCAUUACAUUCGUGACUUUCCUGGCCUUUCUGGAAGUGUUGGGAUAUGUGAUACCUCCAUUUCACAGGAAAAUCCUCCAAGUUUAUUCAGAUGGCUUGAAAACUGUUUGCUACAUGGAUAUAAUUCAGCUAAUAUCAAUGAUCUUCCGCCAUUGAUUUGUAAAGAUGGAAGUUCUGUUGUAAGCUGGGCCCGGAAAAUAGUCUCAUUUUAUAGUUUGUUAUCUGGUGCUAAACAUAUAGGGAAGAAACUCUCAUCUGGUGUUUACUGCAAUAUUGCCACGGGAUCAUACGACACAAACGAGGAACUCACAGUACUGGCAAUGGUUGGGGAAAAGUUUGGAUUGCAACAGCUUGACUCACUGCCUUCUGGUGUGUCUCUUCCUUUGCGACACGCACUGGGUAAGUGCAGGGAAUCUCCUCCGAUUGGUUGGCCUGCAGCUGCAUAUGUUCUUCUUGGUCGGGAAGAUUUGGCUUUGUCAUAUCUGGCACGAUCAUGCAAAUCUAAGGAACUGGAAACCCAAACUAAUGUGAAUUUAAUUUCUAUGUCUGCACCUUACAUGCUACAUCUGCAUCCAGUCACCAUUCCUUCAGCAGUAUCUGAUACAAUCGGAUUUGAUAAUACCAAGUUUGAGGAUGCAGAUUCUGCUGAUGGGUCUAUGACAGAUGGUAUGGAACAUAUCUUCAACUCUAGUACACAGUUGCGCUAUGGUCGUGAUUUGCGACUGAAUGAGGUUAGACGGCUCCUGUGCUCUGCAAGACCUGUGGCAAUUCAAACAUCUGUUAAUCCUAGUGCCUCUGAUCAGGACCUCCAACAGGCCCAGCUAUGGCACCUUGCACAAAGGACCACUGCCCUUCCUUUCGGUCGUGGGGCAUUCACUCUUGCAACCAUAUAUACACUUCUGACAGAGGCCUUUGUAGUCCCAAAGCUUGUUUUAGCAGGUCGGUUGCCUGCCCAGCAAAAUGCAACUGUUAAUCUGGAUCCAAAUGUGAGGAAUAUACAAGAAAUCAAAUCUUGGCCUGAAUUCAACAAUGCUGUUGCUGCUGGACUAAGGCUGGCUCCUCUUCAGGGAAAAAUGUCAAGAAUGUGGAUUAUAUAUAACAAACCAGAGGAGCCAAAUGCUAUCCAUGCUGGACUUAUCCUUGCACUAGGAUUACAUGGUUAUCUGCGUGUCUUAACUAUUACGGACAUAUAUCAGUAUCUUUAUCAGGAACAUGAAAUCACAACUGUUGGCAUGAUGCUUGGCCUGGCAGCUUCUUACAGAGGGACUAUGCAACCAGCAAUAUCAAAGUGUCUUUAUGUUCAUAUACCUGCUCGAAAUCCGCCUUCAUUUGAAGUAGAGUUACAGACCCUUGUGCAGUCAGCAGGUCUAAUGUCAGUUGGGCUCCUUUAUGAAGGAUCAGCACACCCACAAACAAUGCAGAUUCUCAUGACUGAAAUAGGACGUAGAAGUGCAGGGGAUAAUGUACUUGAAAGGGAGGGUUAUGCUGUUUCUGCAGGAUUUGCAUUGGGUCUUGUUGCAUUGGGUCGUGGAGAAGAUGCUCUUGGUUUCAUGGACACAAUGGUUGAUAAAUUGUUCCAUUAUAUUGGUGGAAAAGAAGUUCACAAUGAUAGAUCCAAUUCAUCAAAACUAUCAGCAGAUGAACACAACCGUGCUGCUGCACAGAUGAUGGAUGGAACUGCAGUAAAUGUUGAUGCCACUGCACCUGGAGCCACGAUCGCUCUUGCUUUAAUGUUUUUGAAGACUGAAUCACAGGAAAUUGUGUCUAAGCUCUCUAUCCCUCACACACGAUUUGAGUUGCAAUAUGUGAGGCCUGAUUUCAUCAUGCUUCGUGUCAUUGCCCGAAGUCUAAUAAUGUGGAGCAGGGUUCAUCCUUCCCAAGAUUGGAUACAGUCUCAGAUUCCUGAUAUUGUAAAAAAUGGUGUCAAUUGUCUUGGGGAUGACACUGAUGAUAUUGAUGAAAUGGAUGCUGAAGCAUUUGUGCAGGCAUAUGUCAAUAUAGUGGCUGGAGCCUGCAUUUCUCUUGGGUUGAGAUUCGCUGGUACAAAGAAUGGAAAUGCUCAGGAGUUACUUUACAACUAUGCUGUUUACUUUCUAAAUGAGAUCAAGCCAGUUUCUGCUACAAGUGGAACCUUCCCAAGAGGAUUGUCUCACUAUGUCGAUCGGGGCACAUUGGAGAUAUGCCUUCAUCUCAUUGUUCUUUCCCUGUCUGUGGUCAUGGCUGGUUCUGGACAUUUACAAACCUUUAAGCUCUUGAGAUUUCUCCGGAACAGAAAUUCUGCGGAUGGACAUGUUAAUUAUGGUGUUCAGAUGGCGGCAUUCCGGCACUUGUAUGUACUUGCAACGGAAGCUCGUUGGAUUCAGACGGUUGAUGUUGACACCGGUCUACCUGUGUAUGCCCCUCUUGAAGUUACUAUAAGGGAAACUGAACAUUAUGCAGAAACAAGUUUUUGUGAGGUUACACCUUGUCUUCUGCCAGAACGUGCCAUUUUGAAGGCAAUACGCAUUUGUGGCCCUCGGUAUUGGCCGCAAGUAAUAGAUCUAGUCCCUGAAGAUAAACCUUGGUGGACCCCUGGGGACAAGAAUAGCCCAUUUAAUUCUGGUGUUUUGUAUAUAAAGAGAAAAGUUGGAGCUUGUUCCUAUAUUGAUGAUCCUAUAGGGUGUCAGUCACUGCUGUCACGGGCAAUGCAUAAGGUGUUUGGUUUGACAAGUUUAAAAGCACGCGAUUCAUGCUCCACUGGGGACAAUGGACCUGGUUCUGUUACUGUUGACCAGUUGGUUGCUACCUUCUCAUCUGAUCCUAGCUUAAUUGCUUUUGCACAACUCUGCUGCGACCCUUCAUGGAAGAGCAGAUCUGACAUUGAUUUCCAGGAGUUCUGCUUGCAAGUAUUAUUCGAGUGUGUGAGCAAGGACAGACCUGCUCUUUUACAGGUCUAUUUGUCAUUAUACACGGCAAUUGGAUCAAUGGCAAGGCAACUUAGCAGUGAUUCUGUUGUUUUAUGUGACUCACUCGCUAUCUCUAAUCUUAAGCUUGCACUAGCAUACAAUGAGGCUUUGCUGAGCGGAAGAUUGACCUCUUCAAGAGGUGGCAAUGUUCAAUCCAACUUUAUAGCAUGUCUUAGGAAGCAGGUGGAAGAGCUCCUAAACUAUUCUCAGGACUUGAAGGAUGAUUUCUGUAAUUAUGUGCAUUCCGGGAGGUGGCCGAACGGGGAAUCCCAGGGAGAUAAACGCCAACUACUCCUUUCUUGGUACGUUCAGUGGUUUGGUGUACCGUCUCCGUCCGUAAUUAAGGUGGCCGUGGAGAAAGUCAAGCCCAAGCUCAUGUCGUCAUCUUUGGUCCCUUUAUUGCAUUUACUAUUUCCGAGAACCCACAUCAAUGCCAUUGCUGAGAUAGAUAAGUUAUUUUCAUCUUAG